CAAAGCUCGUCUUUUCUUCCAAAAAACAUCAGUGGUCUCAAACUGAUAAGAAACUCUAAGACGACACUGUCCUAUGUGGGCUUCUUGGAUCCACUCAAUGGAGAACUCCCAUUUGUGUGGUCCGUGAAAGGAGAAACUUCUCAACUUAGAAACCCGUUCGACAUCUUUCAUUCUUUUUUGUUCUUUCAAGUUUUCUACCGGAACUUUGUUUUAUGGUUUUCUUUGUUUCAUUCUUGCUGGUUGUUUGGCUUAUGGGAAACUGAACGAGAUUUGCUAUCUGGGUUUUGAUUUGGAAGUGAAAUUUCGAAUCUUUUUUGCUUUCUGGUUCUCGUUGAGAAAUGAUGUCAAUGACAUGCCACAGCCUUGAUUUUGGGAGGACUGUGUUUGAUUUGGCGGCUUGUGGAUGCUCUUCGAAUGCUUCAGUGAAUAGGUGUUCAGUGAGGAAUUAUGCCAAGUCAGUUUCUAGGAGUUGUAAUAGAGACUGUGCCGCUGGAAGAUUGCUUUGUUACCGGAAGGAUUUUGCUCGGUGUCGGGUUUCUUCGACCAAGACUCCCGAGACUCUGCUUAAGGGAGUUACUCAAGGUCCGGCAGCACUGGUGAAUUUGAAGGAGUCAAGAGGUCCAAUUUCAUUGAUAAAUGUUUUUGAAGUGGUUGCUGAUGAUCUCCAGACUCUUAACCAAAACCUCCUGUCGAUUGUUGGUGCAGAAAACCCAGUUUUAAUGUCUGCAGCUGAUCAGAUAUUUGGUGCUGGUGGGAAGAGGAUGCGACCGGCAUUGGUAUUCCUAGUUUCAAGAGCCACAGCAGAAAUAAUGGGGUUAAAGGAACUUACUACAAAACACCGGCGCUUAGCAGAGAUCAUUGAGAUGAUCCAUACUGCAAGCUUAAUACAUGAUGAUGUACUAGAUGAAAGUGACAUGCGUAGAGGAAAACAAACAGUUCAUCAACUGUAUGGCACAAGGGUGGCAGUACUGGCAGGGGAUUUCAUGUUUGCUCAGUCCUCUUGGUACCUAGCAAAUCUUGAAAAUAUCGAAGUCAUUAAGCUUAUCAGCCAGGUUAUUAAGGAUUUUGCAAGUGGUGAAAUAAAGCAAGCAUCUAGUUUGUUUGACUGUGAUGUUGAGCUCGAGGAGUAUUUGAUCAAGAGCUAUUACAAAACUGCCUCUUUAAUAGCUGCUAGUACUAAAGGAGCUGCUAUUUUUAGUGGGGUGGAAAGUAGUGUUGCUGAACAAAUGUAUGAAUAUGGUAAGAAUCUUGGUCUGUCCUUCCAAGUUGUUGAUGACAUACUGGAUUUUACGCAGUCAGCCGAGCAGCUGGGGAAGCCAGCUGGGAGCGACUUGGCAAAAGGGAACCUGACAGCACCUGUAAUAUUUGCUCUGGAGAAAGAACCAAAACUGAGAGAAAUCAUCGACUCCGAAUUCUGUGAGCCUGGCUCUCUGGAUGAAGCAGUUAAGUUGGUUAAGCAAUGUGGAGGAAUAGAAAGAGCACAAGAAUUAGCCAAGGAGAAAGCAUCACUUGCAAUCCAGAAUCUGAGUUGUCUUCCUCGGGCUGCAUUUCGAUCGGCGCUAGAGGAAAUGGUGUUGUACAAUCUCGAACGGAUUGAUUAGUCAGAUAUACGUUGUCGUGCAAGAAGAUACUGCUUGAUAGGAAACAAAUAACAGGUAAGCAUUACAAGGCAUACACAGGAGCAGCUUGAUGAGAAUCCUGUAUCAGUACAGCAAAAUUGGUUUUCAGCAAAAUAGGCAAAGUCCCAUUGAAGAGAAGCUGCUGGAGACUGGUUGUGUAUUAGUUGAAGUAUUGAACUAUGAUUCAGAUCGUAAUAUUGUGUAUUCAAUUACAAUGGUUUAUCUUGAAACUGGUCCAGAGAAAAAUAAAACUGCAAAUUUUCUGCUA